AACUGGUACUGUUCGGAGGUCAAGGCCAUCUCCUAUACCGGCGUUGGAAGUGCCGCCAGCUACAAGAAAAUUACCAGCAUGAACCCCUCCAACGGUGUCUGCUCGAGCACUCCUUUCGCUUACUCUGGUCCUUUGUCGCCUUUGAACGAGGAGGUCUCCAUGCACUUCCGUGGACCACUAAAGCUCAAACAAUUCGGCUACUACACCCCGAGCGCCAAGGGCAACUCUCGUCGUUCCACUCAUCAGCGCCGCCACGCACAUGGCCAUGGUCACGCUCACGAACACCUUCAUCAUGCUCGUGCCCCUAGCCCUGCCAAAGAGGAGCGCGGAUUGGGUGACUUCGUUACAGCGACGAUCAACGGCAUUGUUCAAAGCUGGGCCAAUGAUUUCGCUGGAGGAAAUGCGCCAGCAGCCACCGCGCCGGCUGACGCGCAACAGGCAACUGCCAAAACCUCGACUGCUGCUGCUCCGGCAUACACCGCGCCGUCUUCUGACGAUAGUGGGCUCUCCGCGGGAGGAUGGACUCGUCAGGCUUACUAUGACUCUGCAAGCGGUACUUCCCAUGGUCUCACGUUCCUGAACCACCACGGAGGUUCCGGAUCUGGCGUAUUCGACACCACCUUCGGUAACUCUCUCUCAUAUGCCAGCUCUGAUGGCAAGAACGGCGCCUCAGGACCUCAGACCCUCGCCGACACCACUUUGGCCUCGGACGAUGAGAUCAUCAUCAUGAGCGACCAGAAGUGCGCGGCGAACGAUGCGGACUGUGGCUACUACCGUGAUGGCAGUGUUGCAUACCACGGCUUCGGCGGUCACAACAAGGCAUUUUUCUUCGAAUUCGGCAUGCCUGACGAUGGUCAGACGAGCUACAGCCCUUACAAGCCAGUGAACAUGCCUGCCAUCUGGCUCCUCAACGCCCAGAUCCCCCGGACUCUGCAGUACGGACCUGCGGAUUGCUCGUGCUGGACCACCGGCUGUGGCGAGUUUGACAUUUUCGAGGUCUUGAUGCCCGGUGACACCCGCUGCAAGAGCACUCUACACGGCAACGUCCAGGGUGGUGACAGCAACUACUUUGCUCGACCGACCACCGGCACCAUCAAGGCUGUCCUGAUCAUGAACGACAACAACAUCCACAUCAAGAUCCUCGACAACAAC